AUGCCAUCUUUGGCCGAUGAGCUCGCCGACUACGAAGUCAAGCGCAAUGAAUUGAUAUCCAAAGACCGAUCUCUUCGCCUGGACGUUCUGGAUCAAGAUAAGCUAUCCGCCCUCGAGAUACAGGCGGACCGCUUGAUUCGUGGCAUUCGUGCUGCCGAGGCCGAGUCGGUAUGGAGUGCAGAUUAUCCAUCGAUACCGCAUCCAUUCCCUGGCAUGGAAUUUCUGACUGGAAGGAGUAUCAUUAUCCAAACUGAAAUAUUCAAAAUUCUGUGCAAGAUGCCCAAAGGCGCGCUUUUGCAUAUCCAUCUCGACGCGACGGUAAACGCCUCAUUCCUGUACGACCUUGGACUGCAAGAACCGUCAAUUCACAUUCAAGUUCCCCAAGUUAUCAAUGCUCAAACUCUAAACACCGUGCUCCCAAAGUUCAAGGCGCUUCCCAUAGAGCUGCACAACAACGAAGCAUUAUCCCUUACUUCACCAUCCUACGUCCCAGACACCUGGGUUUCUCUUUCCCAGGCCAGAGAACAGUUCGACUCAGUGCUAGGAGGUCCAGAUGGAUUUGAUCAAUGGGUUCUUGGCUGUUUGACGAUCAAUCCUGCAGAGGCAUAUGGAACACAUAAUACCAUUACCAAGAUAUGGCAAAAAUUUGGGAGCACAUUUCGUGUUGCCGACGGCCUUAUACAUUACGUGCCGAUUUUUACCAAGUAUAUUCGCGAGUUCAUCCGGAGCUCCAUAGAAGACGGGAUUUUGUAUGCCGAGCCGAGGGUCAAUUUUUGGAUCAAGAACAUGGUCAAUGCCGACGGCGUUGAGAAUGUGUCGCAUAGAGAGCUUCUCAUGAUCUUCGAGUCGGUCCUGGAGGAGAGCAUUGCCGACUUGAAGGCUCAAGGAAGAGAAGACGAGUUUGUUGGAGCAAAAAUCAUCUACACCACCCUCCGUUUCCUCGAACCAGACGAGCUGGAUUGGUAUUUUGAAGAUUGUAUUGCGCUCAAAAAAGAGUUUCCGCACUUGAUCGCAGGCUUCGAUCUUGUUGGAGAUGAGAACGUCUUAUACCCGUUGUCAUAUUACACAGAAAAGCUGUUAAACUUUCGUCAUAUGCAGAAGGCUGCUGGCGUCGAUAUCCCGUUUAUUCUUCACGCUGGAGAGACUCUUGGUGAUGGUUCCAAAGCUGACAUGAAUCUCUACGAUGCUAUUCUGCUGGGAACGAAAAGGAUUGGACAUGGAUUUUCUUUAGUUAAGCACCCUGAGCUGAUGAAAAUAUGUAAAGAGAAGAAUAUCGCGCUUGAAGUGUGCCCGAUCUCAAAUGAAAUUCUGAGACUGACAUCCUCGAUGCCCAUGCAUCCGCUUCCGAUUCUUCUCAACCACGGGAUAGCCGUGGCGCUUUGCUCCGAUGAUCCCUCGGUCUUCGGUAACAUGGGACUGUCUUUUGAUUUCUUUCAGGUGCUUGUAUCAAGCGAAGUUACUGGUCUUAUCCAGCUAGGCGCUAUGGCUAGAGAUAGCAUCAAGCACUCCAUGCUCGAAUCGGACCGGAAGGUGAUCGCACUUGAGAAAUGGCAUAGGCAGUGGCAGAAGUUCCUAGAGUAUGUUGUGUCUACGGCGUAG